AUGGUUCAAGGAAGUCACACGCCUGGCCAUACACAUUCAUCGACCACAACUACUCCUACUACACUCUUCUUUGGAUCUCCUUGCUCGACUUGCAUGCCACUCAAGUAUCAGAACAAGCAACAACAUCGUGAGGCCCGACUGAAAUCCAAGCGCAAAUGCUAUGAAAGGCACAAGCUUGAUGAGCGUUUAAAGUCCAGGACUCGCUGGCGUAAGCAUGUUGGAGCUACUGUGGCUACACAACAUCUUCUAGCACGGCUAGACCUGAUAUGGCUCAACCUCGGCUAUCAACCAGGGCAUUCUCAAUACUCGGUGCUCAGUGCACAGGGCCUCAUGCUUGUCCGCGAGGCGGAUGACGAAGGUUGGCAGGUUGUGAGACCACAUUAUGAACACGUAGCUGCGGAGGCGCAGGAACUUCUUUCAGAAGCCAGGGACCUGCUUGCAAGUGCAUUACAUGCAGAGGGUGCGUGUACAGACCAUCUUAUCUCAAGGUCUGCGACCACUGUUGAUGCAGUUGAGCUGCAUUGUGAUGCAUGGGACGAAGCACUCUCAUUGAUGGACGAUAACGCAGAUACGUACUUCGAAGCUUUCGCAUCUGAUCAGUUGGUGUGGCAGAAGGCAUUAAAACCACGUUAA